AGGGAACAACUAUGGCUUCACUCAUUCAUAUGCAGAAAAUUCUAUCAAACAGGAUGCAACAUUUUUCAAGCAUUGAAAAAGCUAUUGAAUGGAGUGUCAGGGCGGGGUCUGUAAGAAAUAUUGAUUUUGCUCGUGUAUCCAUCCCUCCCACAUUAAAAUAUGAUGAGUCAAAGAAAUGUUAUCUUUACCGGACUGAGCUGGAAAAGACUGAACAAUAUUGGAAAGGCUGGUAUGAAGGACUCUGAUAAAUUUUUGUCAUCUCCAGUUCCAAAGUUGUUGUUAUUAGCAGGAACAGAUAGAUUGGACAGGUCUCUCACAAUUGGCCAGAUGCAAGGGAAGUUUCAAAUGGUAGUUGUAAGGCAUACAGGGCACGCUAUUCAGGAAGAUGUACCUGAUGAAUUUGCAACUCUGAUUGUCAACUUCAUUUCUCGGAACCGAAUAGGCCCUCAUGGAGUUGAGGGGAGGAGGAUAGGUGAAACGAUUAUACAUCUCAGAUUAUUUUCAAAUGUAAUGAGCUGUAGGGGGAAGAUGAGGAAGGGCAUAGAUUUACGCACUCAGCUAAGCGAAGUUAGUAUGGUCAUCGGUACUAUCCUUAGUGAAUUUUACGAAUACGAGGAAGAAAUGUUGAUGCAGUGUGAUUUUAGAUUUAGUUCUCAUAUUAUAAUGUAUCAGUUUAUUUUACAACCUUUUUACCUGUUUUUAUCUUAUAAAAACAAUCAACUUACUAACAAAACAAGGAGUAGUUAUUUCAGCCAAAAAUUACAACUGCGUUGAAUACGUGAUUCUAACA